GCCCGACCACUAAGAGGUGCUUCUGUGGGAUUUAAUAGAGGAAGUGCUUUGGGGGUGCAUUUCCCUCAAAAGGACAGCUGUGAAUCUUUUUGCCCUGAGGGCAUGUGAGAAGAAGCCAAUUAGGCUUGGAUUUAGAAGAAGAGAAACCAGAAGAGAAGAACAGGCCAACCUAGAAGGACAAUUGACGCAGCGCAAAGUUGAGUUCAAUUGAUAUAUUCCCAUCCAUCUGGACAACUGAAUCAAUCAUCACCACCAUGCUUCCCCACCUUCCCUCCCAAUUUCUUUUCUUGGGCCUCCUGUCUUUUUAGAUUGUGAGCCUGAGGCCAGAGACCGAUAGUUGUUUCUUGUAAGUCAUUCUGUGAAUCUUUUGAUUGAAGAGUGGGCCAGAAAUGCUUUGAAUAAAUAACAAUAAUAAAUGUGUACAUAUUCCAUUGUAGACUAUGUGUGAUUGUGAAAUUUCCUUGGAUAAAACAUGUCAAUGCUGCCCUCCAAGUGCUUGCAUAUAUUGGUGACAGUGAGAUGUUCCUCUCUCUUCCCCACCCAUAACAAUUUUGUUUGGAGUUCAACAGAAAGUGAGAGAGAGACUCAUUCAUGGUGGCUCCCACUUGGGGUGCUUCCAGGGAAGAAAAACCAUCUUCAUUAGAAGCAAAAUGGAAAGAUACAGCAGAAACAGUAAUUAUUGGAGGUGGCUGUGUUGGUGUGAGCCUUGCCUAUCAUCUGGCCAAGGCUGGCAUGAAGGAUGUGCUUCUGCUUGAAAAAUCUGAACUCACUGCUGGAUCUACUUGGCAUGCAGCAGGUUUGACAACGUAUUUCCACCCUGGAAUAAAUCUGAAGAACAUCCAUUACUACAGCAUUAAGCUUUAUGAAAAACUAGAAGAAGAGACUGGACAGGCUGUGGGGUUUCAUCAACCAGGGAGUAUUAGAAUUGCUUCAACCCCGACAAGAGUGGAUGAAUUGAAAUACCAAAUGACUCGAGCUGGUUGGCAUCCAGCAGAGCAAUAUCUUAUUGAGCCAGAGGGAGUACAAGAAUUAUUCCCUUUAUUAAACAUGGAAAAGGUAUUAGCUGGUCUAUACAAUCCUGGAGAUGGUCAUAUUGACCCUUACUCACUCACUAUGGCGUUGGCUGCAGGGGCCAGGAAAUACGGUGCUCAGUUAAAUUAUCCAGUUCAAGUAACUAAUCUAAAGCCUAGAUUAGAUGGGACAUGGGAAGUUGAAACUCCACAUGGAAUAAUUCAAGCAAACAGAGUUGUGAAUACAGCUGGCUUCUGGGCUCUUGAAAUAGGUAAAAUGGUUGGAAUGCAUCAUCCAGUCAUACCAGUUCAUCACCAGUAUGUUGUUACUGCAACUAUCCCUGAAGUUAAAGUCCUUGAAAAGGAAUUGCCUGUGCUUCGUGAUUUAGAAGGUUCAUAUUAUCUGAGACAAGAAAGAGAUGGACUUUUAUUUGGCCCAUAUGAAAGUCAAGACAAAAUGAAACUACAGGAAUCCUGGGUCUCACAUGGAGUCCCACCAGGUUUCGGGAAGGAGCUUUUUGAGUCUGAUUUGGACCGAAUAAUGGAACAUGUUGAGGCCGCUAUGGAAACAGUCCCAGUCUUGAAACAAGCAGACAUAAUCAAUGUAGUUGCAGGUCCUAUAACGUAUUCUCCAGAUAUUUUGCCUAUGGUGGGACCACAUCAGGGUGUUCAAAAUUAUUGGGUGGCUAUUGGUUUUGGAUAUGGCAUCAUCCAUGCUGGGGGCAUAGGAAAAUAUCUCAGCGACUGGAUACUUCAUGGGGAGCCUCCUUUUGAUCUAAUAGAAUUAGAUCCGAAUAGAUAUGGAAAAUGGACAACUACAGAAUACACAGAAGCAAAAGCAAGGGAAUCUUACGGAUUUAACAAUAUUGUGGGUUAUCCCAAGGAAGAAAGAUUUGCUGGGAGACCUACAGAAAGAGUCAGUGGGCUUUAUGAUGUCCUUAAGUCUAAAUGUUCCAUGGGAUUCCAUGCAGGAUGGGAGCAACCUCAUUGGUUCUACAAACCUGGGGAUGAGACUGGAUACAAGCCUAGUUUUCAACGCACAAAUUGGUUUGAACCUGUGGGCCGUGAAUAUAAACAGGUGAUGGAAAAAGUCGGUGUGAUUGAUCUUACUCCAUUUGGCAAGAUUAGCAUCAAAGGCAGUGAUUCUGUCAAACUUUUGGAUCGUCUUUUUGCAAAUGUAAUCCCAAAGACAGGUUUCACCAAUAUAAGCCAUAUGUUAACCCCAAGGGGCAGAGUCUAUGCUGAACUCACAGUCUCUCAUCUGAGGCCAGGGGAAUUUCUGUUAAUUACUGGUUCUGGCUCAGAGCUUCAUGACUUGAGAUGGAUUGAAGAGGAGGCAAUUAGAGGACAAUAUAAUGUUGAAAUAAGAAAUAUUACAGAAGAAAUUGGAGUAUUAGGUAUAGCUGGUCCAUAUGCACGGAAAGUUCUCCAGAAGUUAACAACAGAAGAUCUCAGUCAUGAUGCAUUUAGUUUUCUACUAUCGAAACAUUUUAAAAUUGCUGAUAUUCCUGUUACUGCAAUUAGAAUAUCCUAUACAGGUGAACUGGGCUGGGAGUUGUAUCACAGACAAGAAGAUUCUGCAGCUUUAUAUUCUGCCGUCAUGGAAGCAGGCCGUGAAGAAGGAAUUGACAACUUUGGAACAUAUGCAAUGAAUACAUUAAGACUAGAAAAGGCUUUUCGGGCAUGGGGGGCAGAGAUGAAUUGUGACACCAAUCCUUUGGAAGCUGGACUGAAAUAUUUUAUAAAAUUAAAUAAGCCAGCAGACUUCAUAGGAAAGCAAGCACUGAAGCAGAUUAAAGAAAAGGGGCUGGAACGGCAACUUGCGUAUCUCACCUUGGAAACAGAUAACGUUGAUCCAGAAGGAAAUGAAAGUGUCUGGUAUAAGAACAAGGUUAUUGGUAACACCACAUCUGGAUGUUACAGCUAUAGUACUCAACAGAGUCUGGCUUUUGCUUAUGUCCCUGUGGAACUCAGUAAAGUUGGGCAGAAACUGGAAGUUGAACUACUAGGCAAAAAGUAUCCAGCAACUAUCAUCCAAGAACCACUGGUAAUGACUGAACCGACAAGAACACGGCUUCAAAAGAAGGGUGGGAGUACUAAAAUAUAAACAAAGUCAGACAUGUAAUUCUUUGAUAUUAAGAGUCUAGACUUGAUUAACAUAUGACAUAUUUGACUUGAUUUGAAGGCCUGUUCAGGUAUUUCCCUCCCCCGUCACCCUCGCCACAUGAACUAGAAUUGUGGGAAUGGGGUAGUAUAGGCUCCCUGCAUGAUUUAGAACCUUGCAUAACAGGGUUCAAAAUUGCACAGAAAGCCUACACAAGUAGAGUAGACAGCCUGUUACAAAAGUUAUCUCACCAAGACAUGGAGGAAAAAAUGGAGAUGAGCGAUAGGAACUAACAGAGGAGGUCUGGCCAACGAAUAUGGUCCAGCUCUCCUCAUGCAAUUCUAAUCUUGUGGGUGGUUAAUGUCUGAACAGGGCUUGAAUUGAUUGGAGAUUGCAUAUGAACUAUGCAAUAUAACAUAAUUCAAUUUUAUUGACAAUUAAGAAAUAAUUGUUACUUUUUAACGUUAACUCUUGCUUGAUGAUAUGUGAUUCUGCACUACUAGCCUGAGCAUAAUUAGAGUAAAUUCAUUUAAAUCAAAGGGAUUCCUCAUGGUUCAUUAUCAAAGGUAUCCAGUGAGGUGCCACAAGGUUUGGACCUGAGCUCUGCGUUCUUCAACAUUUUUAUUAAUGACUUGGAAGAAGAGUGUGGUGAUGCUUAUCACAUUUGCAGAUGAUACAGGAUUGGGUAGGAUAGCUAAUACCUUAGAAGACAGAAACAAAAUUCAAAACUAACUUGAUAGGUUAAAAAAACUGGACAUAAAAUAACAGAAUGAAAUUCAAUAGAAACAAGCACAAAGCUCUUCAUUUAGGCUUAGCUUGACAAUAGCACAUGUGAACAGGAUCGUAGAAUCAUAGAAUAGUAGAGUUUGAAGGGGCCUGUAAGGCCAUCGAGUCCAACACCCUGCUCAAUGCAGGAAUCUUGGAGUUACAGGCCGUUUCUAUACCUGCCUUUUUUCCAGGGAUCAUCCCUAUGCAUGCAAAUGCCACACAGGGGAUCCCAGGAACAGGCAGGGAUGAUCCCUCCAUUUUCCUGGGAUAAUCCUUAGGUCUAGAAAGGGUCAUAGUCAAUAGCAACCUGAAUAUGAGUCAGCAGUGUGAUGUGGCUGCAAAGAAGGCUAAUGCAAUUUUAGGCUGUAUCAAUAGAAAUAGUUUCUAAAUAUGGGAAACUAUAUAAUAGUUCCACUUUACCCUGUACUGGUCAGACUUCACCUUGAAUACUGUGUCCAGUUCUCAACCCCACACUAAGAAGGCAUCCAGAACUGGAAUGAGUUCAAAUAAACUGGAAUGACUUUAGAGAAGGGUAACAAAGAUGAUCAGGGGAUAAGAAACAAAGUCCUAAAAAGAAAGUUUGAAGGAACUAGGUAUGUUUAGCCUUGAGAAGAGAAGAUUGAAGGGGGAUAUGCUAGCAUCUUUGAACCACCUAAAGCAUGGUGGGCAACACGCUAAAUUUAACCGUUGUAGUGCAAUGGAGUGGUUUGCUGCUAAAUUUUAGUGGAUUUGGAGGCGGUUUUUGGAUGGGGGUCCCAUGGCCAUGGGGGUCCCAUGGGGGUCUGGUGGGUGAAAAUGGGCCCCAGGUAUUCCCUACCCUGUAACCUAAAGGGUUGUAACACAGAAAAGAGCCACAACUUGUUCUCUAUCAUCCAAGACUGUAGGACACAAAAUAACAGGAUUAAGUUACAGGACAGUAGAUCUUGGUUGAACACCAGAAAAAGCUUCCUUACAGUCAGAGAUUUACAAAAUCAUGGGUCUUUCUUGCUGGAACAGAACAACCUUGCUGGUGUUUGCUUUAGUUUAAUUUUUAAAGAACGAGAUGAGUGCUCCUGUGUUUGAGCUGAACAUCAAGAGUGUUCAGCUGAGAAAUAAUUUUUAAAAGUUUACAAAAUGCAAUGGCAAUGGGUUAUAUUGCUCAUCCUUAGUGAUGUCAAAAUAGGAGUGUGUCACAUUGGGUACAGUAUGUAAUGUAGUUGCACAAAAGGAAUGAACAUACUAGCAGGAAGAAAAAUGUGAUGUUCCUGGAAGAGCCUUGAAGAAAGACAUCUGCAUCUUAAACAGCAAAUCACUAACAAAUGCACAUUUAUUGUGCUAUAAAUUGAUGAUGUGGAAUCGUCUAUGAUGCUAAUUUUAGGGUAUCACUGAAAUACCUAUACUAAAUUAAACACGAUUUUUCAUUUAUUCUCAGCUAAUAAAGUAAUACGUACAACAUGAGCCACAUUAAUAUGUAAAACAAUUAUUUGCAAUAUUUUAUUCCAUUUGAAAUGUUUGGUUAUUUGAAGAUGAUUUUGGACAUUAAAUAUACAGAAUGUGAACACAAUAUAUUAUCAUAGGAAAUAACAAUUCCAGUGUGAGCACUGAGAGUAUUCUGUUGUGCCUGAGCCUCUUGGGUUGUGAUUGGACCAAGUUACUUAAUCAUUCAGGCAGCCAAAGUGUUUGCUGGGAGGCCCUGUAUGUGCACUUAGAACUUUUCUGAUCUUGCCAAUUCUCUUCUGCCUUAAUGAUUUUCCACACCACAUAUCAUUCUUGAUUCUUCUGCUCUGUAGAUUCUUGUUAAUCUACGUCCUUCCCCACUACCCUAUAUAUGGUCCUUGUUCUUACUGCUUUCCUAUCAUCCUUCCUCCCUCUCAGAAGUCAUGUGUAAUCUCACACACUCUGUCUUCCUGGGGAGGGGAGUUUAUGCAACCUAAAACCUCCAGUAAGGCCAGACAGUUUGUAAUCCAGGAGGCUUCUUCUUUAACUCUUUCUAUUCCUUUAAAAAAAGCAUUUACAUUUUUUAGAGUAACAUCAACCUGGGCUUAUAACAUUGACUAUUUUGUUAUUAUUGUAUUGCUUUGCUUUGAAUACCUGUAUAAUAUAAACUUGCUUCCAGCAUUUGAACAUAAUAAUUGAUCCAAUAAAAGUAUCACUUUAAUUGUC